AAGAAGAAUACAUGCAACAUUAGCUCAAGGGGAAAUCAAAAGCUUUUGUUUAGUACCGUAUAAAGCCUGAAAAAAGGUGUAUGGACAGACCUGAGAGAUAGAUAGAGAGAGAGGAGGCCACCAAUGCUAAGGUGUGUUUUAACUUUUCCCUUUUUCUUAUUCAUUUCGCCUAGACAAAAAAACAAACUCUCUCUGUUUUGUGCGCACGGUUGGUCACAGUCGGCUCCGGUGUCUUGUUUUGAUUGGAAAGCUCCCGCAGCUCCCUGGAACGUCGUCCCUUUUGCCUGUGCGUUCUCUACUCCACUGUGUCAACCGACAUUCUUUGAUUGUUUCCCUACAACUACCCCACCGUCACAUUCAGAGAAUUCUUUUAUAUACGUCGUUUCUGUGAGCCUCAGGAAAAUUUCUAAUCGACGAGAGAAUAAUAUUACGAGAGACAAAUCAAGUGGCCGCCCGCAACGGACAAUUCAGUCACAGACUCGACGUCCACUGCGCAAGAACCCACAGAAUCUUGUCUGUCUGUCGUGCGUUGCGCUAGUUAGUGCGUGAACUUUUUGAUUGAUUUUUGUGGCUUUCCGAUAAAAUAGUCACGUCCCACUUGGCUUACGAUGAUGGUGAGGUGCGACUCUAAUUCGUCCGAAUCUGUCACGCAUCAGACUCACGCUGACGGCGGUCACUUUGCUGGCGGCUGGAAAUCAUCGCCUUCGUCUGCUAUUUUAAAUAAUCAAGUGACGUCUCCCGGUGUCACACAUUCGAUGAUGAUCACCGAUGCAAUCCCCACGACGACGACUGGAAUUUGGCCGCUGGACUUGGAAGGUCAUACCCGUAACAUUCGACCAGACUCUGAGCAAUUCUCCCGCUCAAGAUCGGGAACUUGGCCGAGGACGCGAUCGCUGAACGCACCCAGUCCCAUCCAGCAGUUCGGACCCUGCGGCAGGAUCAUGAAGAAUUCCGCCAUGGUCAUGACGAUUCAAGAUCCAGCCAGUCAGCGCUUAACUUGGUACAAGCCUCCAUUGACGGUGUUGGUCAUCAAAAAAGUUCGCGACGCCACCGUUUUGUCUCCGUUCGUGCAACUAGUCAAAUGGCUGAUUACGGAGAAACGGAUGGUGGUGUUUGUGGAGCACUCGGUGCUGGACGACCCGCUGCUCAGCAACCAACCGGGUUUCAACAUGACGCGUGACAAGCUCAUGCCGUUCCGCGAGGGCAAGGAUGAUCUCACCGACAAAAUCGACUUUAUCGUCUGUCUUGGAGGCGAUGGCACUCUGCUCUACGCUAGCUCUCUAUUCCAGCAAUCGGUGCCUCCGGUGAUGGCCUUCCACCUGGGAAGUUUGGGCUUCCUGACGCCCUUCGAAUUCGUCAAUUUUGAGGAACAGAUGAUUAACGUACUAGAAGGUAAUGCGGCGUUGACGCUGCGGAGCCGAUUGCGCUGCAUCAUACUGCGCAAAGAUGAGGCGACGGGCAAACCCACCAAAGCGCCUACCAGUCUCCUCGUUCUCAACGAGGUGGUCAUUGACCGCGGGCCGUCUCCUUACCUAUCCAACAUCGACCUCUACCUCGACGGCAAACACAUCACCUCCGUCCAGGGAGAUGGUUUGAUUGUGUCGACCCCGACGGGCUCGACUGCCUACGCCGUGGCGGCCGGAGCCUCCAUGAUCCACCCGAGCGUGCCAGCCAUUAUGGUGACGCCCAUUUGCCCGCAUUCGCUCUCCUUCCGACCCAUCGUCGUCCCGGCUGGUGUUGAACUCAAGAUAUCGGUAUCUCCGGAGAGUCGCAACACGGCCUGGGUCUCCUUCGACGGACGCAGCCGCCAAGAGCUCAAGCACGGUGAUAGUCUGAGGGUUACGACAUCCAUCUACCCGGUGCCGUCCAUUUGCGCCCAGGACCAAAUCACCGACUGGUUCGAUUCGCUGGCUGAGUGCCUGCACUGGAACGUCCGCAAGAAGCAACGACACCUGGACGAACUUUCCGAUCUGACUCGUUCUCAUUCGUCGUCCAACGAUACCCUCGACUCGUUGGAUCGACCAGACGCGCUCGACAGUUAGAAUGGGACCAAUCACCGACCGCAUUUAUCAACAUCACAAAAGGCUUGAUGCAACAAAAGAAGAAAAAAGAAAAAUGGAAAACGGAAGAUGUUAUACACAACAAUGCACUUUGCACCACCCGAAAAUUGUCAAGGAUUGCUGGGGAAAAAAGCAGAAAAGAAGAAGAGAUUUUUGUUUUAUUUCCUUUUUUUGGAAAACGAAAUCAUUUUUUGGGGGCUACAUUUUUUUUUUCCUGUGAGCAUUUUGAUCGAGUCUGAUGAAGAGUUGAUUUUUUCCCAUCAUCGAUGAAACAUGUGUUUUUUUCUCACUUCCUUUUAUAUAGAUUUAUAUUUCUCUUUGAAACAAUUUCACACAAGUGUCGCAACGAAAAUAUCCUUUAAAGAAACCACAAGAAAUAUCAAAAAAGGAAAAAAAAAAAACGUUCGUUUUUCAAAUUCUUGUACGGGACCAUUCCCUCGCCCAAUUCUUUCGCCCCUCUUAAGAAAAUAGGAGAAAAAGAGGCUCUCUUUGCGCGUUUUUUUCUGGUCUUUAAAAAAAAAGAAAAAAUUUCCCUGGAUUUAGUAACGUUGUUGUUUUGUGUACAGGUGAACCGAUAUACGUCAAACCUUGCCUUAAAAAAAUAAUUCAAAAAAUGCAAAAAAAUAACACAGACGCUGCAAACUAAAACAACAACAAAAAAAAAAGGGUGGAGGAAACUAUUUUUGUGUAAGAUGAAACUGGCGACAUUGCCACUAACGGUUAGAUGAGGAAACCGUAAUUUUUUUUUUCACCCCGAGUUAUUAUAGAAAACAAUUUUUUUUAUCUCCCAUCUGCAUAGCCCCAAUUUUUUCAUGCUCUUAUAUUUUUCAAAGUUUAUUUUGGAUGAACGUGCGUGAAUCAUGUUGGUCUUUCUCAUAUUAUAGAUUUAGUAAAAAUCUGAAGUAAUAAUACACAUACCACAGUGUUGCUCUUA